GGAGUUCCCGGAUGUUGAUUAUUAAAAUGGCGGACGGGUUUAUUCCGUAGUCAUGUUUACAAAACGGAAAAUCAAGUCUUAAUUGCAUUAUAGUUAUACGAUUAAAGUUGUUAUUGAAACUUAUAAUUUUGAAUAUUUUACAUUUAAGCUUUGAUAUCGAAUUACUUUGUUUGGAUGUAAGAGUAAAAAAACAACCUUGCUGGAAUUGAUUUAACACAAUUGUCAAUAUGGCGUUGGAAAGGGCAAAGUGUGUGCAGACCCCGCUGCAGAGUUGCAGCAAGACGAGGGGUCUGCCGGGGUUGCCUCCCCUCCCACAGACAGUCAAGGAGGCCUCAGACCUGUACAAGAUUGUGCUUCGAAAUAGCGAGCACCCCCCUAUCAUGAAGGGGACAUCAUGGACCCUUGCAGCCCCUUUUAAGGAGCAAAAAUUCCACAGGACUCCCAGUGAGUCGAUAGCCAACAACUACACGCCCUCGGCCAGUGAUCUCAAGAUGAAAGACUUGCCUAAACUUCAGAGGGCUAAAAUUCCUGCCCCAACACUGAGUGGCAGCAUACAGAGCCCUAGGGGCCUGACACGCAGCAAGACCAACAUGGGAAAGGCAGUGAAUGGCAAGGACAAUGGGCAUGCUGCAAAUGGCAACGGGUAUGAUGGUGACCACUCCCCCAGGGAGCAGCUAGAGGAAGUAGACGAGAUGCCUCCCAGUCGACCCUUGACCCCGCAUGAGCAGAUGGACAUCAUGAGGUCGAUUGAGAUCGAGGAUGAUAUCCAGACUGGCCUACCUACAGAACGCGACCUGGAGCGUUACUACUACUACAUCGACAAAGGCAUUGACAAAUCAAUGAUAGCAGUUCCCGACCCAAGCAUGAUGAAGAACGUGUGUGGCCUGGUUCCCAGCGCUCUACUCACAAACAACGAGCUUGAUCACAUGAUCCAGGACCUAUCAGAGGAAAUCAACCAUGACUACGAGUACAGCAUCAGAAAAUCGAUAGUUGACUACAUUUUGAAAGACCCCGAAGAGAAGGCUAGGGUCCACAUUGGCACUGUACCAAAGUCAUUCCCACAGAGAAUCAUCCGUGCCCCAGUGCCAUGGCAUGAGACUUUCCUACAGCUAAAGGAGCACAACAGGCAGCACCUGUUCAUCACCAAUCCCAUCAUGCAACACUUGCAGAACAUCUGGUUUGAUCAGUUCUCGAGCCUGCGCUUCAUCAACCUGAAGGAGUUGGAGGCUGCAGACAUGCCCCUGCUGCCGUCAGAGUUCGAGUCUCUGAUCACAAAGCAGUGCUGGGACGCACACGAGGUGCUCAGAAAAAGCUGGAUCCCAACUUGCGCCAAGGUGUUCCAGGACUACGCGGACCACUGGCAGCACCUGGUUGGCCCCAACGACUCGGACAGCACCGAGCUUGUACAGGAGUUCUUCUCCACCGUGGCGGCCAUUAUGUCUGGACAGCUACGUGGCAUGGUUAUCAACUCACUGGCGGAUUUUCUGCAGUUUUUUCAGACCCAUGCGACUGGUAAUGACUAUGGCGAGACAUUUGAUGACUUGCGGUACGUGAUGGCCCAGAUCAUGAUCAUCAAGCUGCGAGUGGAGGAGCCAAAGAUCGUGUUUGACCCACCGUUCAAGGAGAUACGAGACAUCAUCCUGCGUUGCUUCUCAGAGAUCAUAGCCUCCGCUGAGGGCCUUAUGAGGGUGGAAUGCCAACUGUUCCCGGACAUGAGAGGGCAGAAGUUGCUACUUCGCUCUGUGAAAAUUGAUGAGGCACUAGUUGCUGACUAUGUGGACAAGUCCAUGGAGAUUUUCAAGCUGAAUACUACUGGGCCACAAAAGUACCUGACGACAUACAGGAAGUACCUGGAUCUGCUGAACAACAAGGCUGAGCAGGAUGUGUCCUCAUUCCUGAGGGAAUCACACUCAAUUGCUGCAUUUAAGGCAAAAAUCACAAGUUUCCAAGAGCUGAAAGACGAGAUAAUGCUGCUGCGUAUCACCGUGCCGCUCUCCAUGUUCUGUCUUGACUGCGUGACGCUCAACCAGGACCUUGCCGCGCGGGCAGAAAAGCUCAAACAGCGCCUCAUCACCUUUGAGAUUGAUGAGAACAGAGAACUCAAUAAGAAUAUCUGCAAGCGCUAUGACGAGAUGGCAAACAGAGUCAGUGAGGUACCAGACAACACUGUCAGUCUGGUUGAGACACAGGAGUACCUCAAACAGUCCCAGGACGUAACUGUGUACAAACUUAAGACUGAAAUAGAGGACGCGUCUAACAGGCUUAUGUUCCUGUUAGACCAUGCAGAGUUCCCUUAUGAGGACAUUAAGCUGAAUAGUCAGGUUUUCCACUGGCCGGAGAACAUCAAGGCUGUGUUUGAGCUCAGCCAAAACCGCAUUCUCACAAAACGCGAGGCAAUUGAAGAGAAUCUGCGGCAGAGAACGAAGGCCUAUGAGGACCGCCUCAAUGAGAUGAUGAAGGAGGUUGAAGGAUUCAAGAAGAAGGAGUUUAUGUCCCAAGACGAGAUGAAGUCCAACGUGGAGCAACUUGCGCGCCUUCAGACUGGCCUGGAGCAGGCUCGCGACGACCUUGACGGAAUCAACGAGGAGGAGAGGCUCCUGGAGUGGGAGCAGAGCUUCUUCCCGCAGCUCAACCAGAUGCUGCAGCUCAAGGAGCCCUACGAUAAGCUCUGGAACACCGCCUGGGCGUUCCACCAGAAACACGAGAACUGGAUGAACGGUGCGUUUACGAACUUGAACGCGGAAGAAAUAGAAAAUGAGGUCGGCGACAUGUGGCGCACGAUGUACAAGCUGACGAAAACGUUUGGAGACCAGGCGGGACCACGCCGUAUCGCAGAUAGUGUGAAGGGUAAAAUCGACAAGUUCAAGCAACACUUGCCGAUACUUCACACCAUCUGUAACCCGGGUAUUCGAGAUCGUCACUGGGAAGCGAUGAGUAACAUAGUUGGUUUUGACCUGAAACCACAACCGGAGACAUCUCUCAAGCAUAUGCUCGAGUACGGACUGAACAAGCAUCUCCAGAAAUUGGAGGAGAUUGGUGCUGCAGCGGCUAAGGAGUACUCGCUGGAAAAGGCUCUCGAGAAGAUGAAGUCUGAGUGGAAGAACAUGUGCUUUGAGCUGAUACCGUACAGAGAAACCGGUGUGUCCAUCCUGUCAAGUUUGGACGACAUACAGAUGCUCCUGGACGACCACAUAGUGAAGGCGCAGACAAUGCGAGGAUCACCGUUCAUCAAGCCGUUUGAGACGGAGAUGAAAGAGUGGGAGGAGAAACUUAUGUCCAUGCAGGAUAUCAUAGAUGAAUGGCUCAAGUGCCAAGCGACAUGGCUGUACCUGGAGCCCAUAUUUAGCUCAGAGGACAUCAUGGCUCAGAUGCCGGAGGAGGGGCGCAAGUUUGGCAUAGUGGACUCUAUUUGGCGUGACAUCAUGACUGAGUCUGCCAAGGACAGCCACUGCCUGGCGGCCACUGACCAGCCCAACAUGCUCCAGCGACUGAGGGAGGCUAACGUUCUACUUGAGGAGAUCCAGAAGGGACUGAACGCAUACCUCGAGAAGAAGCGACUCUACUUCCCCAGAUUCUUCUUCCUGUCUAAUGACGAGCUUCUGGAGAUACUGUCUGAGACUAAAGACCCAAUGAGAGUGCAGCCGCACUUGAAGAAGUGCUUUGAGGGCAUCAGUCGACUCGAGUUCUCCGACCAGCAGGAGAUUCUAGGAAUGGUCUCUGCUGAGAAGGAAACUGUGCCGUUCAACCAAAAGAUCUUCCCUGCUAAGGCUAAGGGCAUGGUAGAGAAAUGGCUGCUGCAAGUGGAGGACGUGAUGAUAAGCAGCUUGCGCACGGUGAUCAUCAACUCCAAGGACGUGUACCCGAAGACACCCCGCAACCAGUGGGUGCUGCAGUGGCCUGGCCAGGUGGUGCUGUGCGUGAGCUCCAUGUUCUGGACCAGCGAGGUCGUGGAGGCCAUGGAGCAGGGGCAGACUGGCCUGGAGGGCUACUUGAAGAAACUGAAUGGUCAGAUUGACCAGCUGGUUGAGCUGGUGAGAGGCAAGCUGGACGGUGGACACCGAGUCACUCUUGGAGCUCUGACCGUACUGGACGUCCAUGCUCGCGAUACCGUGGCAGAACUCGUGAAGAAGAAGGUUCUGAGCCCCCUGGAAUUUGAUUGGCUGGCCCAGCUGCGCUACUACUGGCGCGAUGACGUGAUUGUGAGCAUGAUUACCACAGAUAUCAACUACGGUUACGAGUAUCUGGGUAACACGCCACGUCUUGUGAUCACACCUCUUACUGACAGGUGUUACAGAACCCUUAUGGGCGCCUUGAAACUGAAUCUGGGUGGUGCGCCCGAGGGUCCAGCUGGUACGGGUAAAACAGAGACGUGUAAGGAUCUGGCCAAGGCAGUCGCUAAGCAGUGUGUGGUGUUCAACUGUUCGGACGGUCUUGACUACAAGGCCAUGGGCAAGUUCUUCAAGGGCUUGGCACAGGCUGGAGCCUGGGCAUGUUUUGACGAGUUUAACAGAAUUGAGCUGGAGGUAUUGUCUGUGGUGGCUCAGCAGAUUGCUAGCAUCCAGCGUGCUGUGGCAGCUCACCUAAAAAGGUUUGUGUUUGAGGGCACAGAGCUCGCGCUCAAUCCCACGUGUACCAUCUUCAUCACCAUGAACCCAGGGUAUGCUGGCCGCCAGGAGCUUCCAGACAAUCUCAAGGUGUUGUUUCGUACAGUGGCAAUGAUGGUCCCCGACUAUGCCAUGAUUGGAGAGAUCAGCUUGUACUCAAUGGGAUUUGUGGAUGCCAGAAGUUUGGCAGGCAAGAUAGUGGCAACGUACCGCCUGUGCUCUGAGCAGCUCUCAUCUCAACACCACUACGACUACGGGAUGCGCGCCGUCAAGUCCGUGCUCACUGCCGCCGGCAACCUGAAGUUGAAAUACCAGGCGGAGGAUGAAGCAGUGCUACUCCUCAAGGCCAUCAUGGAUGUCAACCUGCCCAAAUUCCUCGCACAGGAUGUGCCACUGUUUGAGGGUAUCAUCUCCGAUCUGUUCCCGGGUGUUGAGUGCCCCAAGCCUGACUAUGGCAUGUUCAUGGAAGCCCUCAAAGACAACAUCAGUAAACGAAAGCUUCAGCCUGUUCCCUGGUUCCUGGAUAAAAUUAUACAGGUCUACGAGAUGAUUCUCGUGCGUCACGGUCUGAUGAUUGUGGGGGAGCCCCUUGGCGGUAAGACGCAGGCCUGGCAGGUGCUUGCUGACGGACUCUCGGACCUGUGCGUGUCCGGCCUCUACCCGGAGUUCAAGACCCAAUACCGCAUCAUCAACCCAAAGUCCAUCACUAUGGGUCAGUUGUACGGCUGCUUCGACCCGGUCUCACAUGAGUGGACAGAUGGCGUCCUGGCCAACACGUUUAGAGAGUACGCCAGUAACCCGAAUGAGGACAGGAAGUGGAUUCUGUUUGACGGACCGGUGGACGCCGUCUGGAUCGAGAAUAUGAACACAGUGCUCGAUGAUAACAAAAAACUGUGUCUGAUGAGUGGAGAGAUCAUCCAAAUGAGCAACCAGAUGAACCUGAUCUUUGAGCCCGCAGAUCUGGAGCAGGCGUCGCCCGCCACCGUGUCCCGGUGUGGCAUGAUCUACCUGGAGCCCCACCAGAUGGGCUGGAAACCACUGAAGGACUCUUACAUGCAGCACACACUGCCAAAGGGUUUGACUGAAGAACAACUCGGCCUGGUAAACGACCUAUUUGAAUGGCUUGUUGACCCUUGUCUGUACUUCAUCCGCAAGAACUGCAAGACGUUCAUCACGACAUCUGAGAUGCACCUUGUGCAGUCGCUGAUGCGCCUGUUCACAUGUCUGAUGGACGAGAUCAUUACCACUCUCACCACAGGCAAGAAAGAGGAAGGCGACGAAGGAGGGCCCAGCACGGGCUUAUCAGCUCAACAGGUGACCCUGUAUCUGCAAGGCCUCUUCCUGUUCUCCCUUAUCUGGUCCCUAGGGGCCACCCUGUCUGGGGACAGCCGCAAGAAGUUUGAUGUCUUCUUCCGUAACAUCAUCAACGGCACUGACGAAGAAAACCCCAAGCCCAAGAGUAUCAAGAUAACGAAGAGUAACACAAUUCCAGAGCGAGGCACAAUCUACGACUUCAGUUUUGAAAAGAAGGGUUCUGGUCAGUGGAUUGAUUGGAUGGACACCUUGGACCGAAGCACACUCAGUCUAGCCGCUGACGCCAAGAUCAGUGACCUCAUUAUCCAGACAAAUGAAACGGCUCGUCAGAAUUUCUUCCUGAACACGUUUAUAUCACACGAGAGGCCGAUGCUGUUUGUCGGUCCAACUGGGACGGGAAAGUCUGCAAUUACAAACAGCUAUCUGCUCGCGUUGCCAAAAGAUCAAUAUGUGCCGAAUUUGAUCAACUUCUCAGCACGCACCUCAGCCAAUCAGACCCAAGACAUCAUCAUGUCAAAGCUGGACCGUCGCCGCAAGGGUGUGUUUGGGCCUCCCAUGGGCAAGAAGUCAGUGGUGUUCGUGGACGAUCUGAACAUGCCCGCGAAGGAGAAGUACGGCGCCCAGCCGCCCAUUGAGCUGCUGAGACAGUGGCAAGACCACGGCCAUUGGUACGACCGCAAGGACACCUCCAAGCUGUUCUUGGUUGAUGUGCUGCUGGUAGCAGCCAUGGGUCCACCAGGUGGUGGCAGGAAUGACAUCACGGGAAGGUUUACCCGCCACAUGAACAUCAUCUCGAUAGACGAGUUUGAUGAUGCCACAAUGACACGCAUCUUCACGAACAUCACUGACUGGCAUUUUGGCAAAGGAUUUGAGGGCUCCUUUGUCAGGAAUGGCAAGCUGCUGGUUCAAGCAACAAUGGGCGUGUACAAAGACGCCAUAAACAGCUUCCUUCCGACCCCGGCCAAGAGCCAUUACGUCUUCAACCUUCGAGACUUCGCGCGUGUGAUCCGAGGUGUGUUACUUGUGCCAUCCACGUGCAUGACCGAGACAGACAAGCUGAUGAGGCUCUGGGUCCAUGAGGUGUAUCGAGUGUUCUAUGACCGUCUCACUGAUGCGGUCGACAGAGAGAAGUUCUUCUCCAUAGUGAAGGAGCAAUGCCAGAGCCACUUUAAGGUUAACAUCGACAAGGUUCUCGGGCACCUGUCCCGCAGCGGCACUGUUGUCGAUGACAACGUGAGAAGCCUGUUCUUCGGGGACUACAUGCAGGCAGAGACUAAGGCUUAUAACGAGGUCACAGACUUCAAAGAACUGACCUCUACCAUGGAGAAUUAUCUCGAUGAGUUUAACAUGAUAAGCAAGGCUCCCAUGCGUCUGGUGAUGUUCAAGUUUGCUAUUGAGCACAUUUCCCGAGUCAGUCGCGUACUGCUCCAAGACAACGGUCAUGCACUGCUUGUUGGUAUCGGAGGCAGUGGCCGUCAGAGUGCAGCCAAGCUGGCAGCGUUCAUGGCAGACUACGACCUGUUCCAGAUAGAGAUUACCAGGAACUACACGGCCUCAGAGUGGAGAGAGGACAUCAAGAAGCUGUUCCUGAAGACUGGCAGUGAGGGCAAGCCGACUGUGUUCCUGUUUGCUGACACCCAGAUCAAGGACGAGUCUUUCAUGGAGGACAUAAGUAUGAUCCUCAACACUGGAGAUGUGCCAAACCUCUUCGCGCAGGACGAGAAGGCGGAGCUCAUUGAAAAAAUGCAGGCUGUCGCCAGACAAGAGGCGUCAUAUUCAAUGACUGGCGGCAAGAAAAUGGAGGCUACACCUCUGGCGAUGUACAACUACUUCAUUGACCGUGUGCGAAACAACCUUCACGUUGUGUUAGCAAUGAGUCCAAUAGGAGAUGCUUUCAGGAACCGAUUGAGAAUGUUCCCCUCACUCAUCAACUGCUGUACCAUUGACUGGUUCCAGACAUGGCCGUCAGAUGCACUCGAAAUGGUGGCAAACAAAUUUUUUGAAGAGAUUGAGAUGGAAGACACGCUGAGGGCGGGAGUCGUUUUCAUGUGCAAGGUGUUCCACGAGAGCGUCUUCAAGCUGUCCGAUCGCUUCAUGGAAAUGCUCCGUCGUCACAACUACGUCACGCCCACCUCGUACCUAGAGUUGAUUCUGACGUUCAAGAAACUGCUUGGCAUAAAGCGUGAUAACAUUUCCCUGUUGAGAAAUCGAUACCUGACAGGGCUGGAGAAGCUGGAGUUUGCAGCCUCACAGGUGUCCGUCAUGCAGCAAGAGUUGCGGGACUUACAACCGGAGUUGAUCAAGACUUCGGCUGAGACGGAAAAGCUGAUGAUAAAGAUUGAGCAAGAUACCGUGGAAGUGGAGGCUAAAAAAGAGGUUGUGGCGGCAGACGAGGCGAUUGCCAAUGAAGCGGCUGCCGCUGCGCAGGCUAUCAAGGAUGAGUGUGAGGGUGACCUUGCAGAGGCUAUACCAGCCCUAGAGGCUGCUAUAUCGGCCCUCAACACACUGAAACCUGCGGACAUCACUGUCGUCAAGUCCAUGAAGAACCCGCCAUCAGUAAUCAAGCUGGUCAUGGAGUCUAUCUGCGUCAUGUUAAACCAGAAACCAGAGAGAAAACCAGAUCCCAGCGGUUCUGGCAAGAUGAUAGAAGACUUCUGGGGGUCGUCUCAAAAGUUACUGGGUGAUAUGAAAUUCCUUGACAAACUAAAAACCUAUGACAAGGAUAACAUAGCACCCCCUGUUAUCAAGAAAAUCAGAGAAAAAUACAUCCCAAAUCCUGAAUUCGACCCAGUCGUGAUCAAGAAUGCGUCGACCGCUUGCGAAGGCCUCUGCAGAUGGGUCAAGGCCAUGGACAUUUACGACAGGGUCGCCAAGGUCGUGGCUCCGAAGAAAAUCAAACUGGCCGAGGCCCAAGGAGAGCUUGCACUUCAGAUGGACAAACUGAAUGAGAAGCGUGCACAGCUGAAAGAGGUCACAGACAAACUUCAGGCCCUAAAUGACGAGUUUGAAGUGAUGACAAAAAAGAAGAAAGAGCUCGAGGAUAACAUCGAUCUGUGCUCCAAGAAGCUUGACCGAGCCGAGAAGCUUAUUGGAGGCUUGGGUGGUGAGAAGGAGCGCUGGACCGAGGCCGCAAGGUCGCUCGGUGAGAAGUACACAAACAUCACAGGUGAUGUGCUUCUGUCAUCCGGAGUGGUCGCCUACCUGGGUGCAUUUACGGUGGAGUUCAGAAACGAAAUCACACUCCAGUGGCUGUCUCAGUGCCUGGCUAAGAACAUCCCCUGCUCCAAGGUGUUCUCCAUGAACGUGACCCUCGGGGAGCCUGUCAAGAUCCGAGCGUGGAACAUUGCUGGACUGCCCGUGGACAACUUCAGCAUUGACAACGGCAUCAUCGUAUACAACUCUCGUCGCUGGCCCCUACUCAUUGACCCUCAGGGCCAGGCCAACAAGUGGGUCAAAAAUAUGGAGCGAGAAAACAAGCUUGGAGUGAUCAAACUCUCUGACACGAAUUAUCUGCGUUCGCUGGAGAACGCUAUUCAGUUUGGCUCUCCGAUUCUGAUCGAAAAUGUGGGCGAGGAGCUUGACCCUAUUUUAGAGCCAGUUUUGCAGAAGCUGACUUUCCGUCAACAGGGAGUUGAUUAUAUCAAGCUUGGAGACAAUCUGAUUGAGUACUCAAAAGAUUUUAGGCUCUACAUCACCACCAGUCUGCGCAACCCCCACUAUCUGCCUGAAGUUUCUGUCAAGGUGUGCCUGGUGAACUUCAUGAUCACCCCCCAGGGCCUGGAGGACCAGCUGUUGGGCAUCGUGGCCGCCAAGGAGAAACCCGAGCUCGAGGAGAAAAAGAACGAGCUCAUCCUCGAGUCGGCAGCCAAUCAGAAGCAGCUCAAGGAGAUAGAGGACAAGAUACUUGAGGUGUUGUCUUCUUCGCAGGGUAACAUUUUAGAGGACGAGACAGCUAUCAAGAUCCUGUCCUCGUCCAAGGCUCUUUCGGAGGAGAUUGCGGCGAAGCAAGAGAUCGCCACUCAGACUGAAAGGAUGAUAGAUGAGACGAGGAACGGAUACAAACCGGUUGCGGUUCACUCCUCUAUCCUGUUCUUCUGCAUCUCCGAUCUGGCUAACAUUGAGCCCAUGUACCAGUACUCCCUGACGUGGUUCAUCAACCUUUAUCUGCAGUCAAUCAUGAACAGCCAGCCCUCGUCACAGCUGGAGGAGCGCAUCUUCAACCUGAACGACCACUUCACAAACAGCAUCUACCGGAACGUGUGCCGCUCACUGUUUGAGAAGGACAAGCUUCUCUUCUCGUUCAUUCUCUGCGUCAACAUCCUCAAGGGGCAAAAUAACCCAAGUGUGGGGCGUGUUGAUGAGGACGUGUGGCGUUUCCUGCUGACAGGAGGCGUGGCCUUGGAGAAUCCCCAUCCUAACCCUGCCUCCGAGUGGCUCACUGAGAAGGCCUGGGGUGAAAUCGUGAGAGCUUCUAACCUUACAGCCCUUAAAGGCUUAUUCAAGCAUGUUUCGGAAAACCCGACUAAAUGGAAGAAAAUGUAUGACUCCACCCUGCCACAAACUGAAAAGUAUCCCAGUCCUUUUGACGUUCUGCAAGGCAUGGACAAGAUGGUUGUUCUUCGCUGCUUCCGACCAGACAAAAUAGUCCCGGCUGUACAAGAUUUUAUUGUCAGCAACUUGGGUCAGUCGUACAUUGAGCCCCCAACCUUUGACCUCGCCGGGUCUUUUGCUGACUCGAACUGCUGUGCCCCACUGAUCUUCGUGCUGUCCCCUGGUGCUGAUCCCAUGGCUGCCCUUUUGAAGUUUGCAGAAGACAGGGGUCUUGAUCAGGCCAAGGGCGAGGUGCAGACAAUUUCACUGGGUCAGGGACAGGGUCCUAUUGCUGCCAAGAUGAUAGAGAAGGCACUGAAGGAUGGCACGUGGGUGGUACUGCAGAACUGUCACCUUGCGACCAGCUGGAUGCCGAAAUUGGAGAAGAUCUGCGAGGAGGUGAUAAGGCCCGAGGUGACACACGAGAACUUCCGCCUCUGGCUGACCAGUUACCCUUCUGACCAGUUCCCUGUUUCCAUUCUGCAGAACGGUGUCAAGAUGACCAAUGAGCCACCCAAGGGUCUCAAGUCCAACCUGCUGCGGUCCUACCUGAAUGACCCGAUUUCCGACCCCAACUUCUUCAACGGAUGUAACAAGCCCCCCAGAUUCCACAAGAUGUUGGUAGGGCUCUGCUUCUUCCACGCCAUGGUUCAGGAGAGACGCAAGUUUGGUCCGCUUGGCUGGAACAUUCCAUACGAGUUCAACGAGUCAGAUCUGCGUAUCUCUCUCAGACAGAUGCUGAUGUUCCUAAAUGACUAUGAUGAGCUCCCGUUGCCAGCGCUCACCUACCUGACAGGAGAGUGUAACUACGGAGGUCGUGUCACAGACGACAAGGAUCGUCGUCUGCUCAUCUCUCUUCUCACAAUCUGCUUCUGUGACAGGAUCGUCAAUGACGACACUUAUAGGUUCUCAGAUAGUGGCCUGUACUAUGCGCCUCCAGAGACGACCUUCCAAGGCUAUAUAGACUACAUUCGCUCGCUGCCCCUGAACCCCAACCCUGAGGUGUUUGGUCUCCAUGACAAUGCAGACAUCACCAAGGACAACAAAGAGACACUGGUUUUGUUUGACAGCAUCUUGCUGACAUUGCCCCGUCAAUCUGGCAAGGGAGGUAAAUCUGCUGGCACUGUGAUUCAGGAGUUGUCUGCUGAUAUUCUUGGCAAGCUUCCAGCCGACUUUGACAUUGAGAUGGUUAUCAAAAAGUACCCAGUGGUCUACAACGAGUCGAUGAACACCGUGUUGCGUCAGGAGCUGAUACGCUUUAACCGGCUCACUAAGGUGGUGCGCAGCUCGCUUGUGAACCUUCAGAAGGCCAUCAAGGGACUCGUAGUGAUGUCAUCAGAGUUGGAGGAGGUCUUCACAUCCAUGAUGAACGGCAAAGUGCCAGCAAUGUGGGCGUCAAAGUCAUACCCGUCCUUGAAACCCCUCGGGAGCUACGUGACAGAUCUUCUGGCCAGACUGAAGUUCUUCGACAACUGGAUCAAGAAUGGUGCACCUGAUACAUUCUGGUUGUCUGGAUUCUACUUCACCCAGUCCUUCCUCACUGGUGUGGCUCAGAACUAUGCCAGAAGGUACACCAUUCCUAUUGACACCAUUGGCUUCGAGUUUGAAAUCAUGGGAGACGAAAGGGACGGAUUAAAGAAACCAGAAGACGGGGCUUUAUGCUAUGGCUUGUUCUUGGAAGGUGCACGCUGGGACCGCGAGCGUAAAUUCAUUGGGGAGUCCCUGUCAAAGAUCCUGUUUGAUUCGUUGCCAGUGAUCUGGUUCCGUCCAAAUGAGAUGUCAAAGUUCAAGGAGAACCCGAUCUACAAGUGCCCUGUCUACAAGACAACAGCCCGUCGUGGGGUCUUGUCCACUACAGGACAUUCCACCAACUUUGUCCUCUACAUAGAGAUCCCGUCCAGUAAGCCGCAGUCCCAUUGGAUCAAUAGAGGUGUGGCGGCUCUAUGCCAGCUUGACGAUUAGAGAAAUGAACGAUACAAAAAUCCCCCGCUUUUUUCUAAUGGGUUUAUACUUUUUUCUAGAUAUUUGUAUAAUGCGAUUUUUGUUACCAUUUGUUGUUUUCUUUUUAGGAAUAAAGGAUUUAAGAAAUGAACAAAAAUCUCCCAUUUUCUCAACUCUUCUUUUUUUGGAGUAUGUUUUUUUUUUUUUAAAGACAUUUAUAAAAUGUGACUUUUGUGACAAUUUUUUGUUUUCUGACAAGGAAUAACUUGCUAAUUUGUAUUAAUUGCUUUAGUUUGUAUGGAAUUAACUGCGAGGCAAAAUACAUUGUUAUUUUGUGACUUUUGUAUUCAUGAAGAAAUCUUUUUUUGUGCGAUUAAGUGUUGUGACGCGAUGAAAGUAUUUAAAAAGAGGUUUUACCCACAUAAAAAAAUUGAUAUAGUUUGGAUACUUUUACUUUUGCAUUAUAUUAACAUACGGUUUGAACUACUAAUUGAAUGUGUUUAACAUACUUAAACUAAGAGGUGUACAUUAUUUUGUAAUAAUUUUCUGCGAUGUGCCUGUUUUCAAUAACUUGUUAAGGAAUGCUUUAUAUCCGUCCAUUUUUUUUUCAAUAAAUUGUAGCCACUUUACUUGUUCUGUGAUUAUUAAUGGAACAAACGUGUAUUGCUUUCCUUUUUUUCCUAAGAAACAUGUUGUUAUCAUGUUUGACAAUUUUAAUCAUUUGUUUACCUCAUCUUUAAACAUCUUUAAUCAGUAAAUCACUAUGUAUUGGUUUAAUUUAACAACUUGUUUCUAUGUAAAUGUGAGCAUUUUGAGUAUAUUUAAUUGACCUUUAACUUUGAGUGCCUUUCUAUAUAUAUAUAUAUAAUUUAAUGUCAGACGUUUGUGAGAAACUAUGGUAAACAAUUUUGAAAACAUUUUUGUUCUUGUAGGGUUUUGCCAGUUUUAUUCUGAACAAAAUGUCCCUUUUGUAUAAAUUAACCAACUGCAAUGUUCAAAUUGUAUCAAAAGUCAACAUGAUAAGAUGUAAGGCAAUACCUGGCAUUAUAUGAACCACAACAUGCAAAAAUGGGUCUUAUGCCAUAUGCAGCCAGCUCAGCCCAACUUGGGCAGCUGUGCAUUAAGGCUACAACCCACCCUGUCCACUAUUGAGACCAUUUACCUAGCUUGUCUUUACAAGUGACAUCGUAGCUCCAGACCAGACUUCCGCAUUAUCGCAUAAGAACCAUUUUCGCAUAAAGCGUCUCGCAUGAACAAGACUUGAUUACAUUUGAGCAUAUUGUAGGAUUGAUGAUUGUUUGAUACAGCUUCAAUUAGUUUGAAUAUGUUUUUAAAUCAACAGUUUUGAUAUUGCCCGGUACUAUCAAAACUGUGUGUGUAUUAUGAUGCCUUUUUGCAUAUUUGUUUACAAUGUCUAUCAUUUGUUUUGCAUUUGUUUUACAUGCCAAAGUACUAUUAUAAUAUUGUUGUGAGUGAUGUGUUUUCACACGUGGUUCUGUGAUAUUGCUACUUUACACUUGUUUUGUUUCCUACAACAUUAUAUUAUAUUUGGUAUCACUAAUUCCAUGUGAAAAUAUAUUUUGUAACGUUAUUAAAGUAUCCUUUUGCAUCAUUUUACAAUCGUGACCUUGACUUAAUUAACAAUUGUAAUGUUUGUCCUAAAAUAAUAUUAUAAACAGUUAUCAAAGUAAGUUAUUUCACUUAAUUUGCAUUUUUUCUAGUAAUCUUUAUCAUUAGGUAGUGCCAAACAUAGUUGCCAACUAAAAUAUCAAUACAUAUCAGUGGCUAUUCUUUUUCCUUAUUAAGUGAGGAUUUCUGUUUAAUCUAUUCAUACAAUUUUUACACAAAAAUUAUUUUGACCAGCUCUUGUAUUUAAAUUAUGUUUUCUAGUAUUACGACCUGUGUUGCCUUGUUGGCAUUUGGCAAUGAAGCCUCGUGUUAUGUUGAACAUUUCGUAACAAGCUUGCACAUUUUUCAGUAUGGAAAACAUUUACUAACAGGACUCUGAAGUCUUGAUGAUGCUGUCCUCAGUUUUGUUUGUAUAUUUGUACAUGUUUUACAAACAUGUUGCCUAUUUAGAAAUACUAUACAGGGUCAAGCUUAGUUUGAAACACGUGAACAUACCCUUCAAACUUUGAGAAUUAAUCCUAACUGAUUCCACUUAACAAGGUAUGUUACAAAUUAACAUAUUAAUUAAUUAAGCAGGGAUGCCAAUUUUCAAAAUGCUACUUUUAUGAGACUGUAUAUAUUUUUGUGUUUGUUAAUCAUGAUGUAAUAAAAUCAUACAACUACC